CGGCUGCGCAGACAGCCGCGCAAGUUCACGUGAUUUCAGCAUGGCGGUGUUCGUGGAUUUGGACCUGAGAGCGGGUUCCGACCUCAAGGCGCUGCGUGGGCUCGUGGAGAACGCCGCUUACCUGGGCUAUUCAGUUGUUGCCAUCAAUCAUGUUGUUGAAUUUAAGGAAAAGAAACAGGAAAUUGAAAAACCAGUAGCUGUUUCGGAGCUCUUUACAACUUUGCCAGUUGUACAGGGAAAAUCAAAACCAAUUAAAAUUUUAACUAGACUGACAAUUAUUGUUUCCGAUCCAUCUCACUGCAAUGUUUUGAGAACAACUUCUUCAAGGGUCCGGCUGUAUGAUAUCAUUGCAGUUUUUCCAAAGACAGAAAAACUUUUUCACGUUGCUUGUACCCAUUUAGAUGUGGAUAUAGUCUGCAUAACUGUAACAGAGAAACUACCAUUUUACUUCAAAAGACCCCCUAUUAAUGUGGCAAUUGACCGAGGCGUGGCCUUUGAACUUGUCUAUAGCCCCGCUAUCAAAGACUCCACAAUGAGAAGGUACACAAUUUCCAAUGCCCUCAAUUUGAUGCAGAUCUGCAAAGGAAAGAAUGUAAUUGUAUCUAGUGCUGCAGAAAGGCCUUUAGAAAUAAGAGGCCCAUACGACGUGGCAAACUUAGGGUUGCUGUUCGGGCUGUCUGAAAGCGAUGCCAAGGCCGCAGUGUCUACCAACUGCCGAGCAGUGCUUCUCCAUGGAGAAACUAGAAAAACUGCUUUUGGAAUUAUUUCCACGGUGAAGAAGCCUCGGUCAUCAGAAACAGAUGAUGAGUCUCUUCCAGCCUGCAAGAAAGCCAAGUGUGAGGACUGAGAAGAGUCCCCCAGUCUCUGUCAGCACUCCCUUCUUCCCUUUGAUGGUCCAUCAGCCACAACAGAAACGAAACCUUCGUAUGAUGCACUGUUUUCACUUAGAGCUAGAUAUCAGUAGUCUGUAAAAACAGUCUUAUAUUCAAGCCAUUGAAAUAACAAAAUUUAGUGAAGCACUGAGGGAAAAAAGAAAAAGACCAUCCCCUUUAAAUGUAUUUUAGAAGAAAAACAAAGACUAGUUUAUCUUUUGUGUUAAGUGAUAAAUGGCAGGUAUAAUGAAUAAGAUGUUUCAGUAUUUCACGAGACUCUUUAAAAAUGUUUCUUGUUCAUUUAAAAAUUCAUGGUUUUCAGCUUGAUAAACAUGGCUUAUUUUAAUUUUACUGUCCAAGUGGUUAUUUUGAGGACUAUUAAAACUUGUAUUAAGG